AUGACGGUAGUCAUCCUUCUUUUCCGAACUAGUGCAUUUUUAACGACCGAGGCGACCGAGGUUUCACUAUUGGACAAUGCACGCGACAACAUCAGUCACGAAAGAACCCUGCGGCUCGCUGAAACAGCUUUGGAGAACGGCAACAUACCUGGUGAGAAUGAAGCGGAAGAAAGGGCUAACGCAAUAUCGUCGGUUGUUUCUAAAAUUUCAGACAAGGUCCCUCUCUCGGUGAAAAGUGCCUGGUGGCUUGAGCGAAGCAAACCUGUCGAAUAUGUCAAAGAAAAGAUGGGCAUGAAGGGUCUGGUGGGAGCUGAGCUAAAGGCCCACAGGAACUACCAACACUGGGUGAGCUACGCGGACAAACUGGAAGAAAACACGAUUUGGAAGCUUGUUCGCCAAGGCUUCAGCACGUUCCAGUGGUGGAACAGAGUGGGGCUCGACAAGAUGGUAACCGUGAAGGAUGAAAUGACAAUCACAGAAAUUCUUCAGCUCAAGAAAAUUCAGAGCACGAAUGAAUUUCAGAGCUACAAGCGCUACGCAAAUGACUUUGACGACCACAUGAUCAGCAUGAAUGGCUCUGGUUACUACCGACCCACCCAGUUUUUCGAUAAGAGCGCUCCCCCGCUGGAAAUAAUGGCCAGAACGCAGAUUUGGGCUGAAAAUGGAAGGGCCGACCACCAUGUGAGAGAAUUUUUGGGGUUAGUGAGGCCGAAACAGGGUCGGCUCAGCAGGAACCCGUACUACCAAUACUAUUUGCAUUUGAAGGGGAAGGUGUAG